UGUAGUUCAUUAACAAUUACAAUGUCAUCACUGAUUAACACAAAACUUAUUCAACUCUUGUUUGAUCAACAACUUCAUUUUCUUUACAAUAGAUCUAGACUCUAGAUAUAAUAUGGUGUGCGGUAUAGAUCUAGUGACUAGUUUCAAAAUGCAAAAUGCACAAAAAUCAGUUGAUAUUGGUGAAGAUGAAGAUGAUGAUGAAGAUGACGAGUCUGAUUCUGAAGAUUCAGAGGAUAUUGAACCCAAGCUGAAAUAUGAAAGAUUGGCAAAUGAUUUGACAUCUAUUUUAAGCAAGGAUGCAGCAAGUUGUAUCUCAGUGAAUCCAAAGUUUCUUGUACUUGGAACACAUUGGGGAAAUAUUUAUAUCCUUGACCACAUAGGCAAUAGAAUCAGUGACAAGGGAAUCACAGCACACACAACUACAGUGAACCAGAUAAGUAUUGAUGCAAAUGGAGAUUUUAUGGCCAGCUGCUCUGAUGAUGGAAAGGUUGUCAUCACAGGGUUGUACUCUUCUGAUAGUAAUCAAGUUGUGGAACUCAACCGACCUGUCAAAGCCAUUGCACUAGAUCCACAGUAUUAUAAACCAAAUAGUGGAAGGCAGUAUGUCACUGGUGACGAUAAGUUACUUCUGAAUGAGAAAAGUGGCUUUUUAGGCAGACACAAAACAACUGUACUCCAUCAAGGUGAAGGUCCUAUUCGCAAUAUAAAAUGGGGUGGAGAGUUCAUUGCUUGGGCUAAUAACCAUGGUGUUAAGGUGUAUGACACAACCUCAAAGUCCAAAAUUACCAAGAUUGAUAAAGACCAUGAUUUGCGCCCUGAGCUGUGCAUUUGUCAGUUAGUAUGGCGAGACAGUAGAACCUUGCUAAUAGGUUGGGCUGAUAGAAUAAAGAUCUGUGUUGUUAAAGAUCAGGUAAAAACAGAUAUGCGUGACAAUGCACCCACAAGAUUUUGUGAAAUAACAUCUAUGUUUACAACUGAUUUUAUUGUAUGUGGGAUAGCUCCUUUAGCUACCAAUCUAGUUGUCCUUUCCUAUGACAAAACUGGAGAAAAAAUUGAGGAAGGUCGUAUGUCAGCUGGGAGACCACACCUUCAAAUACUUGAGCCCCACCUGAAACAUUUUGAAGAGAUAUCUAACGAUGCCCUCUCCAUCCGCGGGUUUCAGGAGUACAGAAGCAUUGAGUAUCAUCUUGAGUGCCUACCUGAUGAAAAUUUGUAUUUCAUUGUAAGCCCCAAGGAUGUUGUGGUUGCUAAACUUAGAGAUCAAGAUGAUCAUAUAACAUGGUUGAUGGAACAUGGCCGUUAUGAGGAAGCUAUGGCAGUAGCAUUAGAGCACACUAAAGAACUAAAGACACAUUCUUAUCAUGCUAUAGGCAGAGCUUACUUGGAUUACCUUCUGGAAGAACAAGCCUAUGAUGAAGCUGGCAGAUUGUGUGUGAAGAUCCUGGGCAAGAAGAGAGAAUCCUGGACAGAAGAGAUCUACAAGUUUGCCAAGAUCAAACAAUUAAAAGCUAUUGCAACAUACAUUCCAAGGUCAGAUCCCAGACUUGAUUCAGCUAUAUAUGAGAUGGUCUUGAAUGAAUUCCUUUCUUCCGAUUAUGAGAGGUUUUACCAACUGGUGAAAGAAUGGCCCCCUGACCUCUAUGACAGUGAAUCAAUCAUUAAUGUCAUACUUGCCAGGCUGGACAGAGAGAAAAACCAUGAGCUCUUGCUACAAAGUUUAGGACAGUUGUAUGCACAUCAGAAGGCUUUUGAUAAAGCCCUUGGGAUAUAUCUAAGGUUAAAGCACAAAGAUGUUUUUACACUGAUCCAUGACCACAAGCUGUAUGAUAAAAUUAGUGAUAAAAUAAUCCAGUUAAUGGACUUGGAUAAAGACAGGGCAGUUAAAAUGCUACUGGACCACAAUGACACCAUUCCUGUUGAAAAAGUUGUGCAGCAGCUUAGCAAGUCACAGAGAUAUCUCUACCUGUAUCUGGAUCAGCUGGUACAGAAAGACUUGCAAGGAACACAAGAAUAUCAUGGCCAGUUAGUCAAGCUGUAUGCAGAGUUUGAAAGGCCAAAACUUCUGCCGUUCUUGCGCCGAAGUGAAUUCUACCCUCUGCAGACAGCUUGGGAAGAGUGCGAGGCACGUGACUAUGUCAAUGAACAAGUGUUUUUACUAGGUCGGAUGGGAAACUUGACUCAAGCCCUGAAGCUUAUCACAGAGAAGUUGCAGGAUGUAAAUCAUGCUAUUCAGUUCUGUAUGGAGCAAGCUGAUGAGGAGCUGUGGGAGAAUCUGAUAGAAUACGCAAUGGGAAACCCAAAAUUCAUCACUGCCCUGCUGCACAAUGUGGGUGCUCACAUUGAUCCUAUCAAAGUUAUUAGUAAAAUAAGAAAAGACAUGGAAAUCCCUGGUCUAAGAGACUCAUUGGUCAAGAUUCUGCAGGACUACAACCUUCAGCUUUCACUGAGAGAUGGCUGCAGAAAGAUUCUGGUGGCUGACAGUUUUAACCUGUUGGAGAGGCUAGUCAAAACACAAAGGCGGGGUGUUUUUGUUGAUGGUAGUCAGUUAUGUCCAGUCUGCAACCAGAGGCUGACAGUAAAUGAUUUACGGUUUGCUAGUAACCUUAAUGUCUUUCAUUGCCGCCAUGCAUUUCAUGAGGAUUGCCUGCCAGCAUAUGUAACUAAUUGUAUAAUUUGUAAUUCUAUCAAGAAAGAUCGUCGGCCUGGAGCAAGAGAACAUUUUAUGAAAUAACCUUUGACGUAAUAAACCAUACUUGUAAUUAUUGUUUAAUGCUUAAAGCUUUUUCACUGUUAUUUUAUUUAAGUGCAUUAAAUGUUUAAUUUUGGUGAUAGCUUUUGCUACAAAUUGCUUAAGUCUGACCUAGAUAAUUGUACUGCAUUAAGCAAUUUUUUUGUGGAAAUGUCAAACUGAAUAUUUAAAGAUAAAUGGCUAGUGUAAUCAGCUUUUAUUUUUACUAUUUUACAUAGGCUUGAUUGUAAGAAUGGGAAUAAAUGAAACAUUUCAAAUAAUAAUGUUGAUGCAAGUUAAAUUAUUUUGGAAAGAAAAAUACAUUGAAUUGUGAGAAAUAUAUUAUUUGUUUACAAUCAUA